UUGUAACGGCAGCGUGCCUCUCUUAAGGUGGGUCCAGACAUGCAACAAAACGCCGUGUAAUAACACCGUCCCGCAACAACUAUGUGUUACGCGUCUAAGUCACGGUGUGUACUUUUUUUCAUACCAUCGCGUAUCUUCAAAGCAGAACAUUCUGUCGUUCCGUUUUUCCUAGUGCGUUUAUAAUGGAAGUCGCCGCUGCUGCCUAUAUAUUCAUGCAUUAUUAUGUUAAGAAGAAUUAAAAAAAGCGAAGAGAAAAACGUUUUUGGCAGAGGCAGUUGUUCGUAAAAAGAAAUGUGUACAGUGGAAGUAAUUUGCUCAUAGACUUGAAAAUGAGCGGCCUCUACAAAAAUUUCACCAGAAUGUCCGCAACAGACUUUGAAUAUUUGAUUAAUUUGAUUGGACCCAAAAUAUUACGAAAAGAUACCAGCUGGAGAAAGGCAAUUUCUGUACAAGACAGAUUGGCAGUUACGCUUCGAUUUUUGGCGACUGGUGAUUCCUUUACAAGUCUUCAGUACCUCUUUAAAAUAUCUAAGCAAUCUAUAAGCACUAUAGUUCCUGAAGUGUGUGAAGCAAUAAUAGAAGGAUUACAUGACAAUAUACAGAUACCGACAACACCAGAAUCAUGGCUGGACGUGGCAAAGCAAUUUGAAAAAACCUGGAAUUUUCCGCAUUGCCUUGGAGCUUUAGAUGGAAAGCAUGUGGUUAUUCAAGCACCAUGCAACACUGGAAGCGAAUUUUUCAACUACAAAUCUACGUUCAGCGUUGUUCUUUUCGCCUUAGUGGAUGCUAAUUAUAAUUUUUUGUACGUCAAUGCUGGUGGCCAAGGGCGAAUUUCAGAUGGUGGCAUCUUUAAAGAUUGUUCACUUUACAAAAAACUAGUGAAAAAUCAGUUGAAUUUUCCUGAACCAGAAACUUUAAAAGGCAUGCAACGGAAAAUUCCUUAUUUUUUCAUCGGAGACGAGGCAUUUGCAUUCACUGAUUCGCUAAUGAAACCGUUUUCGGGAACGCAUCUCAAAGGAUCCGUACAAAGAAUAUUCAACUAUAGAUUAUCUCGUGCUCGAAGAACUGUAGAAAAUGUGUUUGGUAUUGCUUCGGCCGUUUUUCGAGUACUCCGUAAACCCAUGUUUCUUGAACCCGCAAAAGCUGAAAUAAUUGUAAUGGCAAUAGCUCAUCUACAUAACUUCUUGAGAAAAAGCUCUACAUCUUCUACUUUGUAUAUGUAUAUGCCACAUGACAUGUUCGAUACCAAAUCACCUUUACCAAGAGCAACAAAUGAAACAAUGUCUUCUCUAUUGCCACUUAAAAAUAUUCCCCGAAAACCAACUGAUAACGCGAAAAUAAUCAGAGACGAAUUGGCACUAUACUUUCAAAAUGAAGAUCCACUUGUGUAUCAAGAUAAUUAUGCGUAACACAAUACUUACGGUACUUUUUGUCUGUCGAACUUUAUUUUUGUCCCAAAGAAACAGCAAGCUUUUGAAAGCAAACCAACUACUUUCAUACACAUCAGAACGACCUGCAAUGAAUAUAAUAUGUUCGAUAUGUUAAUAAGUAAAUAAAAUACAUAAAUAAAAAAUAUAAUGUAAUUAUUCACAUUUACCUGUUCCUGUGCCUUUGCUUUUUUUCAAUUUUGCUUUUUCUCGCCUAAGUGCCGACAAUAACACAUUCAUUUUCUUUUUGCAUUCAUCUAUCGUGGUUUUAAAUUCUACAGCGAGCUCAUUCCAAGAAUCGUUUUUCUUUAUUU